UUCAGUAAGAAAAUCAGACCACAUCUGACAACAUCGGCCGUCCCCUUGUGCGUGAAGGUUUGAACGCGCACUGCAGCUGUAAAUUUAGCUCCACAUAAACAAAAUUCGACCAACAUUCGCAACAAUCGAACAAACUAAUAGUUAUUAAAAAAUACAUGCAUACAUAUUUCAUAACACCGAUCAACAACAUCACCAACAAAACUUUUAGGCGCAAGUUAUAAAGUUAAACACCGAGCAUUUGUAACUGCAGCAGCGUGGGAAGGUAGCACAGAACAUAUAGAAAUCCGUUUUCAAGCAAACGAGAAAAAAAUCAUUCAAAUACCACCACUACAAAAACAACACCAGCACCAAGAUGGCAACAACUGCUCGUAGCGGGGGCAAUGCCAGCGGCAGUACAGCUCAGCGUCCCAACGGUACACAGCAGAAUAAGAAUUGCCAAUUCAAAUUGGUGUUAUUGGGCGAAUCAGCGGUGGGCAAGUCAUCGCUUGUGCUACGUUUCGUCAAGGGACAAUUCCAUGAAUACCAAGAGAGUACGAUAGGCGCUGCUUUUCUAACACAAACCAUCUGCAUAGAGGAUACGGUCGUCAAAUUUGAAAUAUGGGAUACAGCCGGACAAGAACGAUACCACAGCUUAGCUCCUAUGUACUACCGUGGUGCACAGGCUGCCAUUGUAGUGUACGAUAUACAAAAUCAAGACAGUUUUCAGCGUGCAAAGACCUGGGUCAAGGAACUGCAUAAACAGGUAAAUAAAUUGAAUAAACCUUCAACCAAAUACGAGUAUUUGUUUGUUGGUGUUAAUGAGUAUGACGCGUUUGUAUGUAUGUAUGUAUAUUGAUGUAUGCAUAUAUUU